AUGCCCAGGCCAACCUUUUUCAAAUUCGACGGCCCGUCAGGCGAAAUCAUAGCAGUCUUCGGACAGGUAGCUGCAGACCAAUGGCUGCCGGCCUUCAAGCUCAGCGCCUCGGGCUUCCGUGAGCCUCUGCCCUCGGUCGAGGAUUAUCUAGAGCGGGAGGAGUAUCUCGCCAGUCUCCAAUUCACCAAAGAUUUCAGAAUGAAGACUUGGUGUGUUUAUAAUAUUGAUGACCCGUCCCAAGUCUUUGCCAUGUGCAAGGCGAUGCCCAGGGACUUGCUCAUAGGCGAUGAACAUGGUUUCAGGAGGGAAGGGGGCUACUGCCUGACAUCCGUUGUCACCGAUGAGCAGUAUCGCAACAAGGGUCUCGGGAGAUUCCUCCUUGAACAGGUCUCUGCAUGGAUGGAUGGUCAGGGACAAGGGGCGGUCACUUUCCUCUAUACUUCUUCCCCUUCAUUCUUUGCCAGUAAGGGCUGGCAUGCCCAGCCAACACCGCAGGCGGCCAUCCUACCAUUUCCCUCAACUUCCUUCUACGAGAAGGCUGGGCUGCCUGCAACCCGGAUAUUAAGAGGAGCCGACAUCCCAGAGCUCUGUAAUCGUGACGUGGACCGGUUCAUUAAAGCUGUUGAACAGCAGACUGUACCGAAUGACACCACCCUGGUCACCGUAGUACCAGCAGCAGACAUGAUCGUAUGGAUGCACGCCCGUUGCGAGUUCAUAUCAUACAAGCUCCGAAACGAGGCUCCAGAUUUCAACGGCGCUAUCCACGAAGAGACCGAUACCUGGCUGUACUGGGCUCACGAUUUCACGGGCGACCAACUCGCCGUACAGAGAAUAUCUAGGCCGCAAGAGGGGGAUGUGCCCGUGGAGGUGAUAGCUAGCCUUCUCUUAGAUGCCAGAAACGAGGCUGCGACUUGGGGUCUGUCCCGUGUGUCGAUUUGGAGCCCGCCUCACGAUGUAGCAGCUGCAGGGCAGCUGCUUUCUUCAAAGAUUAGCGAUCGUUUCGUGUACGAGAAGCAGAGAACAGAUGCCAUCCCAAUGGCCAGACUGGGAAUGGGAGACACAUCCAAGGGAAUAUAUUUUGGAUACAACGAGUAUUAUGCUUGGAAUUAG